AUGAUCAGGAAGCAUCUUGCCCAAGAUGUUCAUGCCAAGGAGAAUCUUCUAUAUAUGACAGAAAGUUCAACCAUUUCAGAGGACGACGAGAACACCAUAUCAGAAAUAGAAUCCGAGGCCAUCUUCCUCUUUGCUGCAGGAAGUGACACUCUAACGACCUGCUUGAGCAGCCUAUUCCAUUACCUGUCAGAAGACUCACAGUGUUACCAAGAACUUACUCAAGAGAUCAGGUCGACUUUCCAUCAUCAAAGGGAAAUCCGAAGUGGGCCACGGCUGGCUCGUUGCCAGUACCUUCGCGCAUGCCUUGACGAAACCCUGAGGAUAUCUCCACCAGUUCCAGGGACCCUUUGGCGAGAACAGGAGGCAGAGUCUCGAGCCGACGGUCAGCCGUUGAUAAUAGACGGUCACAUCAUCCCACCGGGAACGGAGAUUGGAGUCAACACGUACGCCCUUCACCACAACGAGGAAUAUUUUCCUGAGCCCUUUGUCUUCAAACCAGAGCGGUGGAUUCCCGAGUGCGUGGAGUACAAGAAGAAUACAAGGAGUGCCUUCGUGCCGUUUUCUACCGGUGUCCGGGGAUGCUUAGGGAGGGCAAUGGCCUACCAGGAAGCCCAACUCAUCGUCGCCAGAAUACUGUGGCAUUUGGACCUUAAGCAGGCACCCUUCAAUCGGGCUAGAAUGGAAAGCAUGAGGAUUGAUGGCUCAGGGAAACACCGAGGUAGACAUAACGAGUAUCCUAUCCGCGACAGGUUUGGUGCGUCGCACAACGGGCCAUGGAUGGUGUUCCAUCCGCGCGAGGAUCAGCUCAACGAGGUGACUGAAGCGAGGUAG